CACCAAAAACCCUAAACAGAAAACACUCUCCGAGCCUCCUGCACACGAGCGUUCCAUUCGCCUUCCAGCAGCAGGUCUACCAAAUCAUCUCGGCCGAAGAUGUCUACCUCAGAGCUUGCUUGUGCCUACGCCGCUUUGAUCCUGCACGACGAUGGCAUCCCGAUCACCGCCGAGAAGAUUGUCAAAUUGGUGAAAGCUGCAAAUGUGCAAGUGGAAUCCUACUGGCCUGGCCUGUUUGCCAAGUUGCUGGAGAAGAGGAGUGUUGACGACCUUAUCCUGAAUGUUGGAUCCGGUGGAGGUGGUGCAGCUGCCAUUGCUGCUCCCACUGGUGGUGGUGGUGCUGCCCCAGCCGCUGCAGCUGCUCCAGUUGAGGAGAAGAAGGAAGAACCUAAGGAGGAGAGUGAUGAAGACAUGGGAUUCUCCUUGUUUGAUUAGGGGCUAUAUUCAGUGCGUUUGAAUCGUCUAGAGAAUUUCUGAGACCAACUUGGCUUAGUUUUUCAAGUUUAUUUAUAAAAUUGUAGGUACUCUGUUGGUUUGUUACUUUUCUGUUUGAGAACUUAUAUCAGAAUUUUGAGUUGUUAAAUUGGGUUAUAUUCACAAUUAAUGUCCUUAUGGUUCUA